AGCACUUUGAGAUAUCAGCUGAUGUACGAAGGGCUUUAUAAAUACAUUUGAUUUGAUUACUAUUGGGGCGUCCUUCGCCUAAACCCUAAACUAACACUAAUCUUAACCAAUUUACAUUUAUACUUUAUGGAGGUGUGGACAUCCCAAUGAUCCCGAAUAGCACAGACCCUCUGGGAAGGUCUAUGAACUGCUCUAUUUGACUGAAGGGACAUCCCAAGUUGUCUGAUGUGGAACUGGUAACAACACAGUCUGUGAUUGGCUAACAACAUUUAGAUCUGAAUACAGCGACAUAAAUGACAUACCAUGCCAUGAGGUGCUGAGGGAAAGACAGAUAAUCUAUGAUCUUUUCUCUGCCAUUAGCGAUAACAGGAAAUACACAAGCCGUAGGCUCCACUAUAGUUCAAGGUGGCUAUGCUGGAUUGUCUGCUUGCACGGGAAAAUGUUUAUGUUUCUAACAUUUAUGGUUGAGAUUGAAUUAAUAUAAACUAUGCACAUUAUGACUUUCAUUAACACGCGAUGCAGGUGUCAUGCAGACGUUAGUAGCAUGUCAUGUAAGUCAGGCGCGUCACGCAGACAUUAGUAAGGCGUUGGUAUCAUGUCAUGUCAGGUGGUACGGUUGCCUAGGCUUAUACAUGUCCCUUAUCACCCCCAUAGAACUCUGCAGGGCGCUUGCCAUCCUCCUGUCUCUCUCAACAGUCACGGGUAAAUUUGAAGGAAGGGAUCUAGCCUCCAAAUGUUCGUUUCUCUCUUUAAAAAUCCUUGAUUUCCUUUUUCUUUUGGAAAACAUUCCUUUCCAGUGUGGUGAUCAACCCAGAGUAGCCAUUAGCCGUGGUUUCCAGGCUGGUCAUGCGGUGGUGAUCAACCCAGAGUAUCCAUUAGCCGUGGUCUCCAGGCCUGUCAUGUGGUGGUGAUCAACCCAGAGUAGCCAUUAGCCGUGGUCUCCAGGCUGGUCAUGCGGAUGUCCAGUGCCUUGUGGUUGGAUCUAGUCUGUUCAGUGGCAGUUUUCAGCUCCUCUCUCAGCUGGCUAGCCUAGUUUCGUAGCUCUGACGACUGUAUAUCCGUCCAUUUUGUCAAUUAAUUCCUGCUUCAUUUCAGUUAAUGCCUGUAGAACAGCUUCUUGUCCAGUCGCCUCGGCUGUGCAUUGGUCAGUUGUUGGUGUAGAUUCAUGGUCCUUGGCUAGGCUAGCUGGUCUGUUAGAAUUAGCCCUAGGCUGAUUCUUGCGGUUGGUGCCUGACAUCUUCGACAAAAACGUGACAUUAAGCCUUAAAAUGGAGUCUCAGGUUGUAGAGGGGUAUUUUGAUCCAAAUUAAAAUUGUAUUUGAUUUUACCAGGCAAGUCAGUUAACAAAUUCUUAUUUACAACGAUCCUGGACGACUCUGGGCCAAUUGUGCUCCACCCUUUGGGACUCCUAAACACGGCCAGUUGAGAUACAUCCUGGAAUCAAACCAGGGUCCGUAGUAACGCCUCUAGCACUGAGAUGUAGUACCUUAGACCGCUGCGCCACUCGGGAGCCCCGAAAUACAAUCUGCCCAAAUAUUUAAAUGUUCUGUUGAGGAGCUCAGAAAAGUACAUCCUCACAUGGCGCCGCUCCCUCAUCGCCCCUCAGGGUAUUUGGGGAUUAACAACAUUUUUGUUAUUGUAUAUGAUGAUGAUGGUGGUACUGUAUCCUCCCCUCCCGCAUUCAUUUCCCACAAUGGACUUCUCCCCCAGUUCACUACCCGUCCAGUAGGUGGCGGUAAUACGCCAAUAGGCGUAGUCUGACAUUAAACCUUAAAGAAGAAGACAACAAAGUAGCCUAACUGUUCUGUUGUAGCCGACCACAUUUCAUGUCUUACAAAGAAACAAUAGCUUCCACAAUGGAUCGGGACAACGCUAGCCCGUUCCCCUGCACCCUCCCGGAGUCCCCGUGUCAAACGCCUCCCAGUUCCGCUUUACUGCGGGGUCUGGUCGACUGCAGGAAAACACCAGGGCAGAGUGGGACUGAGACAGGAGAAAAGAAGGAAGAUGGAGAAUUAAUUUCAUUAAGUAAGAACCAUGGGGACAGCCCUAACCGUUGCUCUCUCAGUGGGAGGGGCUUAUCAUCUGCGGAGCCUCGACAACAUCAUGAUGCUGACAAGAAAGAGUCGAGUCUCUCCAGACCAGAACACCUCAAGAAACACCAGCAGAAACCUCACCACUGCUGCUUUGACUGUGGGAAGAGUUCUGCUAAACAGAGGGAAUUGGUCAUUUACAAGCAGAUUAACACUGGGAGGAAAAUGUACCACUGCUCUCAGUGUGGGAAGAGUUUUGCUGCAUCUAAAACCUUACAAUCUCAGAGAAGUCAUACAGGGGAGAGGCCUUACCCCUGCUUUGAUUGUGGGAAGAGCUUCAGUCAAUCAGGAGCCCUGACUACACACCUACGCAUACACACAGGAGAGAAGCCUUAUAGCUGUGAUCAGUGUGGGAAGAGCUUUGCUCUAUCCGGAAACCUGAGUACCCACCAGCGUGUACACACAGGAGAGAAGCCUUAUAGCUGUGAUCAGUGUGGGAAGAGCUUCAACCAAUCAGGAAACCUGACUACGCACCAGCGUGUACACACAAGAGAGAAGCCUUAUAGCUGUGAUCAGUGUGGGAAGAGCUUUGCUCUAUCCGGGAACCUGACUAGACACCAGCGCAUACACACAGGAGAGAAGCCUUAUAGCUGUGAUCAGUGUGGGAAGAGUUUCAAUCAAUCAGGAGAACUGACUAGACACCAACGCAUACACACAGGAGAGAAGCCUUAUAGCUGUGAUCAGUGUUGGAAGAGCUUUGCUCUGUCCGAAGACCUGACUAGACACCAGCGCAUACACACAGGAGAGAAGCCUUAUAGCUGUGAACAGUGUGGGAAGAGCUUCAUGGAUUCAGGUAGUCUGACUAGACACCAGCGCAUACACACAGGAGAGAAGCCUUAUAGCUGUGAUCAGUGUGGUAAGAGCUUCAUGGAUUCAGGAAGUCUGACUAGACACCAGCGCAUACACACAGGAGCAAAGCCUUAUAGCUGUGAUCAAUGCGGGAAGAGUUUUGCUCAAUAUUCCACUCUGACUGCACACCAACGCAUACACACAGGAGAGAAGCCUUAUAUCUGUGAUCAGUGUGGGAAGAGCUUCAAUCGUUCAGGAGCCCUGACUACACACCAACGCAUACACACAGGAGAGAAGCCUUAUAGCUGUGAUCAGUGUGGGAAGAGCUUCAAUCAUUCAGGAGCCCUGACUAGACACCAGCUCACACACACUGGAGAGAAACCUUACUCUUGUCUAUGUGGGAAGAGCUUUGCUCGUUCAGGGUCACUGAAACAACACCAGAAAGCAUCUCCCUCCUACAGCACCGGUUACAGAUAUCUAAAUGAAAUUUCAAUAGAAAACAUAUUGUAAAGAGUCAUCCAUCUCCCAUUCGCUAACGGUUUACUAAGUCUGAUUACCAAGGUAACCUGUGUAGCAUGAUAUGCAGCUCCGGAUCCAUAUGUAUCAAGCGUCUUGGAGUAGGAGUUCUGUAUCUUAUUUCAAUAACUCCUAUUGUCCAUUAAAUCAUGUAGAAUAAUGUUUCAACAAUUGUAGGUUCAUAUUAAUGUGUGAGGGAAAUGUUGUCUGAAGAAAGAGCCUUGAAUUGUACAUCUUGUCUCAUACAAUUAUUGGUUCCUGUUGGUGCUGGGUAGAGAUGUGAGGGGAGACGGUCAUGACCCCUCAGACCUUUUGGCAGAAUAUGUUCUAUAAGUUAAGAUUGGAGACAGCGCCAGUCACAUGCAGGAACCAAACGUCAAUGAUGAAUUAAUUAUGAAUAAUGUAAAUCAUGCAAAUAUAACUUGUCUGUGUAAACAGUAUAUAAGAGAACUAACGGGACUGCCCCGAAAGAGCUCCAGACCGUACUCUGGUGUUUUAAGUUUGUUGGAACCUCUCCAGCUUCCUGAUAAUAAAUAAUUAUUCAUUUAAGUUUUA